ACCCUUUAAAUCACCAUCACAUUUACUGGUGAUCAAACCUCGGCUGAAGCACAGCUGUAUCAGACGCAGUGAUGGUGAAGACGGCGACGGUUCUACAGUCAGCACUGCUGCUGUGUGUGUGCGGCGCACUGGCGCAGGACUUCAUGUCGCCGACCGUGAACAUUAUGGAAGAACUGGGGAAACUGAAGAACAUGGAAGAACGACUGAGAACCAUGGAAGAAACGGUGCAGAACCAGAGGGUCUUAGUGGAGCACCUGCAGAAGGAGAAUGAAGCUCUGAAGACGACGGUGGAAAUGAUGAAGGCUACCCUGGAAUCACUACAGAGCAUUAAAUCAGCUUUCUGUGGAGAUCAUCCCACUGUUGAAAAUGGAGAUGUUAUGGAGGUUCUACGUGGGAUGGUAUUAACAGUUCAGUGUGCUGCACUUUACAAACUUGAAGGACCAGAAGAAGUAAGGUGUGUUAAAGGGAAAUGGUCAGAUCUGCCUGCUUGUAAAGCUCCAUGUAGACUGGAUCAGUCAAAGUUUCAUCAUCCGGAAAGAGAGUACAUGCAACAUGGAGAAAUAAGCAGGUUUAUGUGUCCUUCCUCUUUUAUCAGAGUGCACGUCAAAUGUGAUAACGGAAGAGCGCUCUACAGAGGAUGUGGGAAUCACGAUUGGUGAGAUCUGUGUGAAUGUCUUUCUGCUGCUUUUACUGAAACACACAAAACUGCAGAGCGACUGGAACGACCUGUAACUGCUUUAACUUUAAGCGUUACUGUAACGUUUCUCAGAACGUCUAAUUAAAAGCAGAUCCUACAUAGAGAA